AUGUCCCCUAAAGAUUCUGGCCAAAAUAUCCGCGUAGUAAUACGCUGCAGAUAUGGACGGCCCGGUAGUGGGAAAACCUACACAAUGACGAGAGAACGAUCAGAUACACUUCAAUAUGGUUGGGAAAUGGAUCCUGUCGCUGGCCUUGUUCCUCGAGCUCUUAGUCAUAUUUUUUAUUAUCUAGAAUCAAUUGUAAGUCUACUUUCAUAUAUUUUCUGUUAG